AGCCUCAUUCCAAGAACUUCCAACUUUCUUCGCCCCUGCCAAGAAGGGGGCUGCUCAAGCCCCUCGCCCCAAAUUUAAGCCGCCCCCACGCCCACGCCUUUCGGGGCCCCCACGCCAUUCCGAUGAAUUCUGGGGGGCUGGCGACCCCUUCUCUUCCCCCCAUCGCAGAAGACCCUCCUCCUAGUGGCUCCCGCCUGCCUCGCCCCUUCCUCCAGAGUCUCCGGAUCCUAUUCGAAAUCCUGGACGAUCAACGCAAGGGGACCGUCCACAUCUCGGAAAUCGAGAGCCGCUGGGGUCGGGGAGGCUCUGGGGUGGCCCCCCAAGAGGACCAAGAGAUCCCAGCCGGGGUCCUGCAAGCUCUCCAGCGAGUGGCAGAGCCGUGCGGGGGCUUUUUAAGUUUCCCCCGCCUAGUGGCCGGGUUGAGAAUUGCCCUCCUCCAAACCGAGGACGGCGGAGGAGCAGAGGAGGCGGCGGAGGCGGAGGGGGGACGCGGAGCCGCCCAGGUGAAGAAGACGAGUCGGACACGAGAAUCUGAUGGGAAAGGUGUCACUCGAUCCAGGAGCACAAACAGCUUCUUGUCCCAAAGUGGGCGGUGCAGGAUGAUUCCAAAGGAACCGCGUAGACACACCAUUUCCGGUGCCGUGGAAUAUGAAAUGCUGAAGCAGAUGCAGCAGCUGGAACGAGAACGUGAUGCCUUGUUGCAAGGCCUGGAAAUGGUUAACCAGGUCCGCGACUGGUUACAGUGCCACCUGCUGGAAGCUCAAAAACGCCAGAAGCAUAUGGGAGCCCAGGCGAAUGAUUGUCGAGAUCCUUACUCUAAGCAGAGCUGCCUGCUGUUGGCCAAGAUCCAGGAAGUCAACCUGUGCUUGAAAAAUUUACUCACUUCUUCUGGAAAGACUGAAGUGCCACUCAAAAAUUGGGGAGUUCCCUGUUCAGCUCCAGAAAAUCCAUUUCACCAGCAAGCCAUCGUUGUGCUAAAGGAACAGAACCACCUGUUGACCAAGGAGGUGUCCCAAAAAUGCCACCGCAUUGCGCAAUUGGAAGAAGAAAAAGCAUCCCUUUGCAAGCAGCUGAAGGAGAGUUGGGGUUAUAAACUCCCCAGCCACAAGGAGUUCACCUUCAUCUGACUAGAAACUCAAGGACGGGUGACCAUAAACUCUAUGACGCUUCUGCUUCAGUUGGCCGUGCUUGGGACAUCACUUUCUUUUGGGACUCCAAACAAUGGAUCACGUCAAGUCUUUUGUUAGGAAAGAGGCCAACAGCAUUCCUGUUCCUGUUUGUCCUCUAUCUGCAGAGGACCAGGUUUGUUGAAGAAACAUCUUGAGAUGGUUGGAGAUUGUUAGAAUGGGAAAGGUAAACAUGAGGCUCUUGAGGUUCAUGAAAAAUAACCGGUGGAAGGGAAUGGAUCAGGAGAUGAACCAGAGGUGCAGGGCAACCAAGACAAAGCGCACAACUGCUUGGUUUCUUGCCCUCCUGUGUUCCAACAUGUUUCAGAUUCUUACUUCAGCGAUGAGGUUGAAAACCUUCUCUUACAACAGCUUCAGGACUUUGAACUCUGUAGCUCUGGAUCCAGAUUCAGGAGCCCAGUAUUCACAUCAUGGCAGUACAUUUUUCCCUAGGAUACCUGUGCUGAAAUAACUUCCCUCUGUAUUAUUAUUUUUUUUCCAACCCAGAAAAAGAGCACAUAAUCAUCAAAGGCCUUUUCAGUCAGAGACCAAAUAUGUUGAUGAUCUUGGUUUACACAUUUUGCAAUCUCUCCUUUGAGAUAACCUGCCAAUAUCUAGCCGUAGUUCUGUUCUUCAGUUUUGUAUUUAAUACUGGAGUGGGGCGGAGUGAGUGACUUACAGUAUUACUUUCCUGUAGCUAAGGAAAAUGAAACCAAGAGAUAUUUAUGGCUAAAAAAAAAGGGACUAUGAAGCAUGGCCUACAGUCUGUGUUAGCUCUAUUUCCUUUCCACAUUUUGGAAUAUUGUUUCUAUAAUCCAAAUGCUUCUAGAUCAGUAUUUCUUUUACACUUGGCAGUUUUAAGAUGGAUGGAUUUCAACCCAGCGUGUUGGCUGGGGAAUUCUGGGAGUUGAAACUCACACAUCUUAAAGGUGCCAAAGUUGAGAAACGCU